AAUUGAUCAGGAUCUUUUGAUUAACCCAAUUGAAGAAGCCACCCUGUGCAUCAUUUACAACCAUGCUUAAAGCCUUUAAAAGCGCUAUUCCCCGCGCACAACUUUUAAGGGCCCAAACUAUUAAUAGAAUCAACCCUUUGAGGAUAAGUACCUGUCGUUUCCUCGCUACUGACAACUUCUUGCAAGGCAACAAUUCCAACUAUGUUGACGAAAUGUACCAAGCCUGGAGACAAGACCCAGCCAGCGUCCAUGCUUCUUGGAAUGCCUAUUUUAAAAACAUCGAAAACGACAACAUUCCUCCUUCGCAAGCUUUCCAAGCCCCUCCCACCAUUGUCCCUACCGUGGUCGGUGGUGCUGCCGGUUUCCUUCCAAGAGACGCCCCAGCCACUGAAGACGUUGUUACUCACUUGAAGGUCCAAUUGUUGGUUCGUGCUUACCAAGUCAGAGGACACCAAAAGGCCAAGAUUGAUCCAUUGAAUCUUACCUUUGGGGAAAACUAUACCGUGCCAAAGGAAUUGACCUUGGACUAUUACGGAUUCACCGAAAAGGAUUUGGCCAAGGAAAUCACCUUGGGUCCAGGUAUCUUGCCCAGAUUUGCCAAUGGCGACAAGAAAUCCAUGACUUUGAAGGAAAUCAUUGACAAUUGCGAAAGAUUAUACUGUUCUUCCUACGGUAUUGAAUACGUCCACAUUCCAUCCAAGGAAAAGUGUGACUGGUUGAGAGAACGUGUUGAAAUCCCAACUCCAUUCAAGUACUCUGCCGACCAAAAGAGACAAAUCUUGGAUCGUUUGAUCUGGGCCACUUCUUUUGAAGCCUUCUUGAGCACCAAGUUCCCUAACGAUAAGAGAUUCGGGUUGGAAGGUGCUGAAUCUACUGUUCCAGGUAUGAAGUCUUUGAUUGAUACUUCGGUCGAAUACGGGGUUGAAGAUGUCGUUAUUGGUAUGCCCCACAGAGGUAGAUUGAACAUGUUGUCCAAUGUUGUUCGUAAGCCUAAUGAAUCCAUCUUUUCCGAAUUCCAAGGUAUUGUUGAUUCUGGUGAAGGUUCCGGUGAUGUCAAGUACCACUUGGGUAUGAACUAUGCUAGACCAACCACUUCUGGUAAAUACGUCAACUUGUCCAUUGUUGCCAACCCAUCCCAUUUAGAAGCUGAAGACGGGGUUGUCUUGGGUAAGACCAGAGCCAUCCAACAAUACAAGGGCGAUGUCGGCCAAUUCAAGAAGGCCUUGCCAGUUUUGUUGCAUGGUGAUUCUGCUUUCGCUGGUCAAGGUGUGGUUUAUGAAACUAUGGGUUUUGCCAACUUGCCAGCUUUCUCCACCGGUGGUACUGUCCAUAUUAUCGUUAACAACCAAAUUGGUUUCACCACUGAUCCAAAGGCUGCCAGAUCUACUUUGUAUCCAUCUGAUAUUGCCAAGUCUGUCAAUGCACCAAUUUUCCACGUUAAUGCUGAUGAUGUCGAAGCCUGUACCUUUGUCUUCAACUUGGCUGCUGAAUGGAGAGCUACUUUCCACUCUGAUGUGAUUAUUGAUGUUGUUGGUUACAGAAAGCACGGUCAUAAUGAAACUGAUCAACCUGCAUUUACCCAACCAUUGAUGUACGAAAAGAUUGCUGAAAAGAAGUCGGUUAUCGAUUACUACACCACCAAGUUGAUUGAAGAAGGUACUUUUACUGUUGAAGAUAUCGACGAACACAAGAAGUGGGUGUGGCAAACCUUGGAAGAACAAUUCGGUAAGGCCAAGGACUACCAACCUACUUCCAGAGAAUGGUUGACUACUCCAUGGGAAGAUUUCAAGUCUCCAACCCAAUUAGCUACUGAAAUUUUACCACACUUGCCAACUGCCGUGGAAGAAAACACCUUGAAGAAGAUUGGUGAUGCUAUUUCCCAAGCUCCAGAAGGAUUUGAAGUUCACAGAAAUUUGAAGCGUAUCUUGGGUACCAGAAAGAAGACCGUUGAUUCCGGUGAAGGUAUUGACUGGGCCACUGGUGAAGCUCUUGCCUACGGUUCUUUAGCCCUUGAAGGUUACCACGUUAGAGUUUCCGGUCAAGAUGUUGAGAGAGGUACUUUCUCCCAACGUCAUGCUGUUUUACACGACCAAAAGAGUGACCGUACUUGGACUCCAUUGGCCAACUUGAGUGAAGACCAAGGUGCAUUCACCAUUGCCAACUCUUCCUUAUCUGAAUACGGUUGUUUAGGUUUUGAAUAUGGUUACUCCUUGACUUCCCCAGACGCAUUAGUGCAAUGGGAAGCUCAAUUUGGUGAUUUCGCCAACACCGCUCAAGUCAUCAUUGAUCAAUUCAUUGCUGGUGCCGAAUCCAAGUGGAAGCAAAGAUCCGGGGUUGUUUUGUCCUUACCUCACGGUUAUGAUGGUCAAGGUCCAGAACAUUCUUCUGGUAGACUCGAAAGAUACUUGCAAUUGUGUAACGAAGACCCUCGUUACUUCCCUAGCGAAACCAAAUUGGAACGUCAACACCAAGACUGUAACAUGCAAGUUGCUUACCCUACUACGCCAGCCAAUCUUUUCCAUCUUUUGCGUCGUCAAAUGCACAGACAAUUCAGAAAGCCAUUGAUUCUUUUUGUUUCCAAAUCGUUGUUGCGUCAUCCAUUGGCCAGAUCCAACUUGUCCGAAUUCACUGGUGACUCUCACUUCCAAUGGAUCAUUGAAGACUACCUCGGUGAAAAGUCUGAUAUUAAGAAGGUUGUCUUGUGCUCUGGUCAAGUUUUCGCUGCUUUGCACAAGAAGAGAGCUGGCUUGAACGAUAACUCUAUUGCCUUCAUCAAGGUUGAACAAUUGCACCCAUUCCCAUUCGCCCAAUUGCGCGAUGCCUUGAACUCGUACCCUAACGUUGAAGACUUGGUUUGGUGUCAAGAAGAACCAUUGAACAUGGGUUCCUGGGCCCACGUCAGUCCAAGAAUGGACGUUGUUGUCCAAGAAACCAUCCAUAAGGACUUGAAGGUGAGAUACGCUGGUAGAAACCCAAGUGCUUCCGUUGCUGCUGGUUCCAAGGCCAAGCACUUGGCUGAAGAAGAGGAAUUGAUAGAAGAAGCUUUCCGUUAGGUGAUUUUAGAAAGGCUACGCAUGUUUUCUGGAUGAUCUUUUUUAUAAUUAUUCUGAAGUAUAUAUUUUGAUAUUUGUUUUAUUACAAAAAAAAUGAAUUUGUUUGAUUAA